AUGCUCGGUGUGGCCUCGAUCUACCUGCUCAUCCGCGUGCUGGCCCUCGAGAUGUGGACAUGCGGCCUCGACGCCCUCAAUUCGACUGACUCUUCGGCAUGCGGUCAAACCGAGCAAGCUUGCCCUGGGAAGGAUGGACAGCCAAUCUGUGUGCCAAAGGACACCGUGCUCAACGCGACUGCUACAAGCUGUCAGACCAAAGGAUGCCUGGCCGGUCGCGGCGAAGUCUUUGCGGGGAAGGACUCGUUUUGCGUGCCGUUCGACAUGCUCGGCAAGGAACAUCUGCCCGACAGCUGGACAUUUGCUGGUUGUCAGGUCCCUGGUCUAAUGGAUUGUGGAACGCGCGACGUGCCUCUAUGUGUCCCACCCACGGCCAUCCUGAAGUACGACAGCGAGACGCGCAUCUGUACCUUAUCUGCUUGCAACGAGGAGCCCUCCAACUACCCCUGCAAGCAACCCAACGGCGACUCGCUGUGCACCUUCUUCUCGCACAUCAAGACUCUCCACGACAACGGCACAUGCGAGCCGUCGGCUGAAUCUGAAGUCUGCCCGCCCGCCCACGUCAACUGCGGCAAGUACGACCCGAUCUGCAUCCCGAUGUACACGCCGCGAUUUCGCGCCGCCGACCUGCGCUAUUUCAACGACCGCACGAGGGAGUGCCAAGAUGAGCGCUGCCCUAUCGGCCACCAUCCAUGUUCCAUCCGCGAGAAGGGCGACAAGAAAAUCUGCAUGCCAUACUGGCAUAUCAAGUCCGUCGGUGAUCACGACAGCUGCCAGCUCGUCAACCCCAACGAGUUGCCGAACCUGAAGCCGGCGAAGGAGUGCGCGGGUUUGAAGAACACGUUGGCCUGCUGGGCGGCCAACGACGACUACACGUGCAUCGGAUUCGAGCGGAUCAACUCGAUGAUCGUCGACAAGCAGAACAAGACCAUCUGCACAUUUGCAAAAUGCACCGGAGAAGAUGCCCUCUUGUGCAGCGCCGAGUGUCAAUCCAUCCACGAGGUCAAGAGGGUGCUGCCGGGGGGAGAGUGCGAAUUCCGCACCCUCCGCCGUGGUCAGAUCAUCAUGAUCAUCUCGUGCUCCAUCAUUGGAACCGUGGGAGCGAUCGCUGUUGCGGCCUUGCUCACCCGCGCCAUCAUCCUCCAGAAGAACCGGAACAAGCCGAUCGAGCAUCGCCCGUGCAGCAUGGAGAACAAGCACCAAGAUGGCGACAGCAACGAGAAGCGCCCGUUCCUCCCCUCCAAGAACCCGAAGGCGUUCAACGAGAAGCCUCAGGUC